AUGGUUCCCUCCUUGACCGAUAUCCUGGAUCAAUUCGACAAUGAGGACUUGCCUGACCUGAACAUGAUACCUGUCAAGGUUCGAUCGGCUAUGGCUGCCACGAGCAAUCUCAGUCCACAAGGUCGACUGUGGACCAGCAAACCCAUCAAGUGUGGUCAAGCCGUUGUAAAGUCGGAUGCGACUGAACUACCCAUGAACUGCGUCCUGCCAAAUAUGGCGUUUGGUAACAUGUCGUUACUCCCGGAUCCUUUUUUCGCCGAAUUACCAGCAGGUUAUAGUACGGGCCUCAUCCGACAAUACCUUCCGCGAAUGAAUUCGACAGCUCAUCGGGUAGUCAUCACAGAGCCCGAGUUUCCCACAAACUGUGCUGAUCUGCCAGGUGCCUUCCAUGUUAGGUACGCAGCGACGAACCCGAACUAUAUCACCAUGACAGGUUGGGGAAACUGGAGCCUGGAAGUUUGCAUGCCAGCGAACUUGACACAGUCGCCGUGGCGUGCUGUACGCACCCGCCAAGAUAUCACUGAAGAACUCUAUCUUAAUAUUUCUCUGGUAUCAGCCGACCCUGUGCAGCAGUACGUAACACCUGAAGACCAAGGCGGACUGUUCAGAAUCUCGCUUGACACUACUUUGGGCUAUUUUGAGCUGCCUAACUACAUGAAUGGCGAACAACCAGGGCCGUUGCUUGAUGAGGACCCGAUGAAUCACUGUGGCGGAAAUUGUAGUAACCAAGCUUACCGCCAGAACGGUGCGGAUGCAAAUGCGAAACUGGCACGCGGAGAGUUUCCUGGUGAUAUGAGUAGUGUUGCCAACUCAUCUCUUAUGUUGGAAAUGCGAAAAAAUCGAGGCCCGUUGCUGACAGUCGCCUUGGCUCUUUUCGGUUCUGGAUCCUUCAUUGCAGAGCGGAUGGCACGUCCAGAUGCUUUCAUGUAUCCAAACAUGACCUAUGAAGAGGCGAGAGCCACGCCGAACUAUGGUGCUUGUGUAGAUCAAGCUCCUUUUACAAAUCUGUUACAUUCGUGGAGCGACCAAGAUCAGAUUGGGACGUUCAUAGAUCCCUGCCUGAAAAACUCGAUUCACAAUCACGACGACGUCCAAAGACAGGUAGCCAACUUUGUGCGCUCACUGUAUUGGAACCACUACGACGGGUACAAGGGCGAUCGCAUCACGAAUGCCUUCACAUCCGCUGCCUUCCUCGCCAACGAGGCAUGGCUCUCCUCUACAGCAUUCAUGAAAACUUGGUCUGUGACGUACGACCACGGUGCCGACACCCUCGUGCCUGUUAUAUCGCGUACCGGCAUUCUAGUCAUCUCCAUCCUUCUCGGCGUCUUUUUGGCAUCGCUUCUGGGUCUCGCAAUCUACAGCGCCGUCUUGCCGCGUUGGACCGAUCAGCUGGAUGCCUUCGCCAUGUUGCGCAUCGGCGCUUCCAUCUCCGACAAGAUCCAAUUUCGAACUAUCCCGAACGCUCAGCGCGUGCGCGUGCGCGUGUUGGACGAGUUGCCGGGAUGGAUCGGCGAUGCAGCCGGUAGUGAGAAUGCGCAGGGCGAACUGGCGCUUGGCGGUCCUGGACGACUUGGUAGGAAGCGAAAAUUUGCUGCGUAUGUUGUAGAGGAUAUCGGGAAAGGAAAGGAAUCAUGA